AGCUCCCUCCCACUUGGGCACUGACAUUGCGAGCAGCUUUGUCUCUGUCAUCACACUCUUACACAUACAGAGGGAGUUCUCGUACCACCGCCGGCACUACAACGGAGCACAGAGUGCCAGCAUGUCCAGUCCAUAGGGCUUACUCUUCCUGCAGCAGCUUCUGUCCACUUUAUUCCGCUGGAACUGCAAUUCUUCUGGAGCCACAGAAAAAAUACAAGGUUUAAUCUCUCUGAGUUGCGUUUCUGACAGGAAUCAUGGCUGAUUUCCCAUCCAAAAUCAGCACCCAAACGAGCUCUCCCAACGCUCAGGCCAGUGGGCGUACACUUGCCUUCGGACCUGUCUCAGUCGACAUGGACUUUCUUAGAUCCUUCGUGGGACUUCUGAUGGUCGUAGAGAUUGUACUGGGCCUUUUGGUAUGGGCUCUGAUUGCUGGAUCAUAUUACGGAUACCAACCUGCAUAUGGAUGGGUGAUGUUUGUUGCCGUGACCUGCUGGCUUAUCUCACUUAUUCUGUUUGUACUUUACCUCCUACAACUGCAUCACAAACUUCUCAUUAUUCCAUGGUCUUUAGUGCUUCUGGGUUUUCAUGCAUCUGCAACAGCCCUUUAUGUCACAGCUUUCCUAACCUGUGCUGCAUCAGUUGAUCCAACAUCAUACCGAGGAACUCUUGCUUACAAUAACAGAGCAGCCGCAUCAUUCUUUGCAUGUCUUGUGAUGAUAGCAUAUGGAGCUAGUACAUUCUUCUAUGUCCAAGAAUGGAGAGGACAGCAUACCAAUGCAGCAACCAGCCAAGCAAGUGGACCUAAUCCAUCAUAAACCUUUGGAGAAACUAACAAUUUUUUGUAUGAUAAGCAAACUGGAUCUCUCUUGUCCAUAAAGUAAUAUUAUUACAUGUUCUAGGGGUAUUUGAUAUCAAGUGUUAAAGACUCUGAACUUAACCUUUUCAUGAGACAAAACAUUUUUCACCAGUUAAAGUGUUUACUAACCAGUGUACUUGUUCAGUAUGUAUAAAUAAGUGUGAAAACAGAAUGAAUAUUAUGUUAAAGAAAAUUUAGAAAUUAUGAUGUGACCCUUUGAUGAUACCUGGACUGUACUUCAUCUUACUAAAACAAAGUUUGUGAUUGCGGGGGACACAGUUUACACAAAGGCAUCAUCUUGAGAAAACAUGUUUUUGAACAUAAAGGCAUUUUCAUAUACAGCUGUAGCACAGCAAUGGGCACAGAUUCAAAAGUAGUUUUAACAAGUAUGAACUGUGAAAUUUGUACUGAAUAUACUGUCUAAAUAAAUGAAAACUAAUUCACUGAAAA